AUGAGGAAUUCCUACAACGGCGGCGCUAUGGGCGGACGUGCUGCCGGAACCGGUGGCGGCGGAGGAGCUCCAGUUGACAAAGAAGUUGAUUUCGCUCAGUACUUCUGCACUUACUCCUUCCUCUACCACCAGAAAGACAUGCUCUCCGAUCGUGUCCGUAUGGACGCCUACUUCAACGCCGUCUUCGAGAACAAACAUCACUUUUCCGGCAAGACGGUCUUGGACGUGGGAACAGGGAGUGGAAUUCUUGCGAUUUGGUCAGCUCAAGCCGGUGCGAGGAAAGUUUAUGCUGUUGAAGCUACUUCAAUGGCUGAUCAUGCUCGUGCUCUUGUCAAAGCCAAUAAUCUUGAACAUAUUGUUGAAGUCAUACAAGGCUCUGUUGAAGAUAUCUCAUUGCCAGAGAAAGUUGAUGUAAUUAUCUCGGAGUGGAUGGGAUACUUCCUUCUACGAGAGUCCAUGUUUGAUUCUGUGAUAUGGGCUCGUGACCGAUGGUUAAAGCCGACCGGUGUCAUGUACCCUAGUCAUGCUCGGAUGUGGUUUGCACCCAUCAAAUCUACUUUGGUGGAUCGAAAGAAGAAUGAUUUCGAUGGGGCAAUGGCGGAUUGGCAUAACUUUUCGGAUGAGAUCAAAAGUUACUACGGGGUUGAUAUGGGCGUUUUAACUAAACCUUUUGCUGAAGAACAAGAAAAGUAUUACAUACAGACGGCUAUGUGGAAUGACUUGAAUCCACAACAAAUCAUAGGCACACCUACAAUUGUCAAAGAGAUGGAUUGUUUGACAGCCACUGUCAGUGAAAUCGAAGAAGUCAGAUCGAAUGUAACGUCAGUCAUAAAUGGGCAGAACACAAGGCUAUGUGGUUUUGGUGGAUGGUUUGAUGUUCAGUUCCGGGGGAGAAAAGAAGACCCCGUGCAGCAAGAAAUCGAAUUGACCACAGCUCCAAGUGAACAACACUGCACACAUUGGGGACAACAGGUUUUCAUUAUGUCCAAUCCUAUAACUGUUGAGGAAGGUGAUAAUCUGAAUCUUGGUUUGGUAAUGAGCCGGUCGAAGGAAAAUCACAGACUAAUGGAGGUCGAGCUUAAUUGUGAAAUAAAAGAGGCUUCUGGCAACCCAAAGGAAACUUUCAAGAAGACGUAUUUCAUAGAAUGA